UGCAGUUAGGUCCCUAUUAAUAUCACCGGAAAUAGCGUCUUCCGUAUCCUUCGCUUCGCUCACGUCCCCUAUCCAUCGGCUAUCAUCAUCUUCUUCCUCCAUCCCUCUCUCUCUCUACUGUACACGUUCACUUUGUCUCUCCUCUCUCUCUUCCCCAAACAAACGUAUAUUCUCUGCAACUGUUUCGUUAAUGGACCUUCUCCGUCGCCUUCAACUCAACGCCGGCCUCUGAAGCUGAACUCGCCGUCAAACGCCCUUUCCUGUCAAUUCAAUGGCUGUUGAAUACGAAUGCUGCAGCACUAAUUUCUUCAUCCAUAUACUCAUCAUCGCCUUCUUGGUCAUUUUUGCCGGCAUGAUGUCCGGCCUCACACUUGGCCUUAUGUCCAUGAGCAUCGUCGAUCUCGAAGUUCUUGCCAAGUCCGGUACCCCCAAGGAUCGCAGGUACGCCGCAAAGAUAAUGCCAGUAGUAAAAAACCAGCAUUUAUUGCUGUGCACCCUACUGAUUUGCAAUGCAGCAGCCAUGGAGGCACUUCCUAUUUUCCUCGACAGUCUAGUUACAGCUUGGGGUGCUGUUUUAAUCUCGGUGACAUUGAUUCUUCUAUUUGGCGAGAUUAUACCACAAUCUGUUUGCUCUCGGUAUGGUUUGGCAAUUGGAUCAACAGUUGCUCCUUUUGUUCGUGUUCUUGUCUGGAUUUGCUUCCCUAUUGCAUAUCCAAUCAGCAAGUUACUAGACUUUCUACUGGGCUAUGGACAUGUGGCCCUUUUCCGUAGAGCUGAGCUCAAAGCACUUGUGAAUUUGCACGGUAAUGAGGCUGGAAAGGGUGGAGAGCUGACACAUGAUGAAACCACUAUCAUUGCUGGAGCACUUGAACUUACUGAGAAAACUGCUAGUGAUGCCAUGACUCCUAUAUCUGAAACUUUUGUAAUUGACAUUAAUGCAAAGCUCGAUAGGAAUUUGAUGAAUCUCGUUUUGGCGAAAGGGCAUAGCAGGGUGCCAGUUUAUUAUGAAGAACAAACCAACAUAAUUGGUCUUAUCCUGGUUAAAAAUUUGCUUACAAUCCACCCAGAUGAUGAAAUUCUAGUAAAGAACGUUACCAUUCGAAGGAUUCCAAGAGUUCCAGAAACUUUGCCAUUAUAUGACAUUCUGAAUGAGUUCCAGAAAGGUCAUAGCCACAUGGCCAUUGUUGUUAAACAAUGCAACAAAAUGAAUGGAAAACACGAUGAACAACUGGGCAACGAUCCCCAGAAAGAAGUUAGAAUUGAUGUGGAUGGUGAAAGGCCUUCACCUUCACAAGAAAAAACCAUGAAGAUUAAGACAUCAUUUAAGAAGUGUAAAAGCUUCCCCGCAAAUAGUUCAUUCAGGAGUGGUGGUUCUAGAAGCAAGAAAUGGACAAAAGAUAUGUACACUGAUAUCCUAAAAAUAGAUGAAAACCCUCUCCCUAAGCUUGUUGAGGAAGAAGAAGCUGUGGGUGUUAUAACAAUGGAAGAUGUCAUUGAAGAACUAUUACAGGUAGUAUCUGUUCAUGCUGCACAUGACAUAAUUAUUCGUUUGUUUUCAACACGGGAUGGUUUUUUAGUAUCAAUGUUUGUUUUUGACAGGAGGAGAUAUUUGAUGAGACUGAUCAUCAAACAGAGGACUCAUGAUAGUUGUUAGUCAAAGAAUGAAUGGUAUGUUCUAAAUUAUAUACCUACAUAGAAAAUAUUUGUUGAAUGUGUUGAGGCUCUUAAUAGAUGUUGGAACCCACAAAAUGGUAAAGCGAAGCUUUUGAGGGUUGAGGAGAGAAGUUUAUGUUUUUAUUAUACAACCAGAGAAUGAGUAUUUUAGAUGUUUAAGAGAUGAAAAGACACUCACUCAAAUUUUAGAAGCUUUUGAGGGUUAAAUUAGUGUAUGAGCUCGAUUCAACUCAGUUCUAAUUUAGUUUAUGCGGUUUUUAG